AUGAGUUUUGUGACAAUUUCAAAGAUUAUUUUCAUUGUUCUUUUGAUUUCCAACUUCACAUCAUGUCAAGAUGUGAGUGUCAGAGUUCAGCAAGGAACUUUAGUUGGUCUUAAAAUAUUCCCUGAAGCAUCACGCAUUCCGAUUUACACAUAUUUGGGUGUUCCGUAUGCGGAACCUACAUUUGGUGCUAAUCGUUUUGUUGCUCCAAAAUCACCAGAAAUUUGGAAUAGAACGUAUUAUGCUAGAGACUACAAGCCCGUUUGUCCGCAGCUUGAAACAUCUGAUGAUUCAUCGGAAAGUCGCUAUCGAAAGUCAUCUGAAGAUUGUCUUUAUUUAAAUAUUUGGGUUCCUGAAACGGCAAUGAAAAUUGGUGGAUUUCCAAUUGUUAUUGUUAUCACAGGUCAAGAAUCUUCAGACUGGUCAAUGAACAGAAUCUCAGGGUUAGAUUUAGCAGCUGAAGGUGUCAUCGUCAUCACAAUUCAAUACAGAACAAAUGUUUUUGGAUGGUUAUCGUUAGAUAAUGAUCUCAGUCCCGGAAAUCUCGGUUUGAUGGAUCAGAUCAUGGCGUUUGAAUGGAUUAUCGAGAAUGUUCAUAAGUUUGGGGGAGAUAUGAGAAAUGUUACUCUACUCGGUCAUGGUCCGAUGGGUGUUUACAACAGUUUUUAUCAUCUGCUGUCACCGAAGACCAAACGACUCUUUUCAAGAGCUGUAUUGAUGUCUGGAAGCAUGUUUGCACCAUAUCCACUUAAUCACGAUGCAUCUGAAGAUUUUGUAAGAUUAUUGACAUGUGAUUCAAUAGAUGAAAAGAUGAUAUUGAAGUGUCUUCAAACAAAAAGUUUGGAAGAACUUUUAAAAGCAUAUGAAAGUAUUAUUCGCAAUGAAAACAGAAGUAAUCGAUUUUUUGGGCCAACUGUUGACAGUUUCGUCAAUGACAUUGAUGCGCGAAUGUUUUUAAAUGAACCAUUUAGGCUGAUUACCGAAUAUAAUUACACUAUUGAUGUUCCAAUUCUGAUGGGAAUAACCAGUAAUGAAGGCGCAUUUGUUGAUGAAUUUCUCAUGAAUUAUGGUAAACAAGGGUACAGAAAGUUUAAAAGUUUCAUUGAGCUAAAUAUUUUACCAACGUUGUUGAAAAAAUCUCAUUUUGAUGGAUUUAAUAAGCGUCAGAUUCGCGAUGCUAUCAACUGGCACUACUUCCAACAAGUUCCUAAAACAACGUCACACUUACUCAAUUCCCUCAUCAAAAUCACAACUGAAAUCUCAUACGAAUUGCCUUUAUUUAAAACAAUCGAGUUGCUGACGGCUCCAUUUGACCUACAGAAAGAUCAAAUCGUAUUCAGUGAUCAAAACAUUUCGAUGAAGCGACAAAAGAAUGAAAAUAAAAGUGUCACUAGUGGAAAAUUGCUCGACUUUAGUGUAGUGGAGCAGCAGAGAAGUGUCAACAACAAUAUUUAUGUGUACGUUUUCCAUCAUUCCAACGCAAUGGAUAUGCGAGGGAAUAUAAAUUAUUUUGGUGGUGCACAACAUAGUUCUGAUUUACCUUUUCUAUUCGGGCCAAGCUUAUUCAAGCAGAUAAGUCGUCGGAGACUCUCACAAACUGAAGAAAAAUUGUGUAAAAAGUUUAAACAACUUUUCGGAGAUUUCAUUAAAACUGGAAAUCCAACACCUGAUCGACUUUUCGAUUCUUGGCAUCCUUAUAAUGCAAAUACAAAAUAUAUCAAAAUUAUGGGAACAAAAAUUGAUAAUUUGCUUCACAAUCGAAUACUUAAAGAUUCUUCAUUUGAUGAAAAUCGUGAUAAAAUUGAAGACAUGCUUUCAGCUGACACAGAAGAGAAAAUUCAAGUCGUCUCGAAUCAUCAGUUUAAUCCUUACGACUUGAGUAAUGUUAAUCAUGGAUACGAAGAACCAAACCGAAUGUCGCGACAAUUUGAUUCAGUUGUGUCUAAUGUUGCUAAGAACACUGAUUAUUAUUUUUAUUUGAGACGAAUUUACUCAUUUUGGUAUGAGUAUUUACCAUCAUUAUAUAAAAAUUAUCAAGAUCGAACUGGACGAUCAAGUUCUGAACAAGACAGAUAUCUUGAGAAUGCUACACCAAAAUAUAAACACGCUUUCUUCUCAAUGCUUACAUUGGUCUGCUUGCUUCUUGCUAUUCUUGGCGUUUGUGUCUACAUUCUUAAGAAGAACAACAAAAGUUUAUCAUCAACAGCUUCAAUCUUAUGACAAAAAUUUAUGUUCCGAUCAAAGUUAUUAAUUGAUCGAAGAUUUUUAUCAAUGAAA